GCCGAGGAGUCGUUGGAGGUCGGUCCCGCCGCGGAGCCGGCGAGCGCAAAGGCCGCUGGGAGGCUGCAGAGCCCAGGGCAGUGCGAUGGCGCCGGCGGAGGCUCGGGGCGCGAUCCCGGGCUGGAUCUCUGUGCUGGGCUGGGGCCUGGCGCUGUGCUGUCUGUGCGGGGCGGGCCCACUGUGGAGUGGCAACCAUGAGUGGAAAAAACUAAUUUUGACCCAGCACUGGCCCCCAACAGUAUGCAAGGAAGUUAACAGCUGCCGAGACUCUCUGGAUUACUGGACAAUACAUGGACUAUGGCCCGAUAGAGCAGAAGAUUGUAACCAGUCCUGGCACUUUGACUUAGACGAGAUUAAGGACCUUUUGCGAGACAUGAAGAUCUACUGGCCCGAUGUGAUUCACCCGUCUUCUAAUCGCAGCCAAUUCUGGAAACAUGAGUGGGUUAAGCACGGCACCUGUGCUGCCCAGGUGGACGCCCUCAAUUCCGAGAAGAAGUACUUUGGGAAGAGCCUGGAUCUGUACAAGCAGAUUGACCUCAACAGUGUACUACAAAAAUUUGGGAUCAAGCCAUCCAUCAACUACUACCAGCUUGCAGAUUUCAAAGAUGCCCUUACCAGAAUCUAUGGUGUGGUGCCGAAAAUCCAGUGCCUUAUGCCAGAACAGGGAGAGAGUGUACAGACCGUUGGCCAGAUAGAACUGUGCUUCACCAAGGACGAUUUACAUUUGCGGAACUGUAGUGAGCCAGAGGAGCAGCUGUCCUCCAGGGAGGACGCCUGGCUGGCCAUGCAGGCUUCUUCUACACAUGGGAUGAUGGUCUGUGAAGACGGGCCAAUCUUCUACCCACCACCUACAAAGACCCAACAUUGAUGUCCACAUUUUGGAAAUAUUUUGUGUUCCACAAAGCAGGCACCAGAGCUAAAGUCCUGAGACGUCAACUCCUUUUCCGCACGAAUUCCUGACGAGAAAAGAGAACACAGGACGUGGAUGAUCCAAGCUGGAUCUGACCUGAAAGCUUGAUUUCCCUCAGUCUAGCUUCUGUGGUUCCAGAAAAUACUACAUAAGCUGCCAAGGGAGGAAGCAAUUAGACAAUCCUACCCAGCUGCAACAUCUAUGAAAUGCCCACAGUUUUACAGCCACAGCCGAUUCCCACGAUGAUGUAAUGAGAUUGAUAGGAGUAACCAACUCCCCUCCCUCCUAACCUGGUUGGCACGCCCACCCACAAACGGGUAUGUGGAGCCGCUAGGAGCAGGAUGCCCUUGGUCCUUGACCCGGCAGACCUUUCUUCCCCCUUGCGGGUUACGCUUCUUGCUCUCUGCCCUGCUCCAAUCCACCCCCACCCCCCACAGGCUUUGUGUCUAGUAGCUUGGCGAAUGCUUCCUUCCUGGGCUCUGGGUUUGAGAAAUGCUCGGCUUCUGUGGCAAGAAGGCUUAACCGAGAGGUUACCCUUCUUCCUGUCUGCCCUGGAGCUAGGAAAAUUCACUAAGCACUGCUGUUGUUGGGAAUGUUGAAUGUGCCACCCCCAAAAGCUUUACUGUUGCUGGUGGUAAAAGGAAUGCCCUGGUCUUGUGGAUUGUGAGGAAGGCUCCACUGCGCCAUGUAACAGAGGGUAAUGCAGCUCCUUUCUCUCCAGAGUUCCUCCUGCUUCUCCUGCAACUGGGCUUACCCACGCUGCCUGCGGUGUCACAGGCUGAGAUGGCUCCACUCUUCCUGAGUCCUGAUCUUAUUUGGCGUUUCUUAUCACCUUGGAGAUUUUCCUUAAGGCUAUGUGCGUUUCUGUCUUGUGGGAGGUGCCAUGACCUGGACGGCCACACUUUGAGCCUGGUCCUUGAGUCGCUGCUCAAUGCUGCUGCCUAAGCCAUAACUGCAUCCUGGUUUCUGUUAGCUUAGAUGGCAACCGCUAAACCAUGAGCUGUAAUACAAGCACUAACACGUCUAUAAUUUACCCAAUUACCAAUGGCUUAAUUUUUGAAAAUAAGUUUUAGACAGAUGGUUCAUUAAAACAUAAUGGAAAACAUCAAAAGUGUUACAGACACAUAAUACAAUCUAAGUAUGCAUAACACUUAGAAUUCGUGCUUUAAAAGAGUCAUUUAUUCUGAAUAAGGAGCUAGGCAGAGCAUUUCCCCUAAGCUUGCUGAUGGAAGAUUUCAUGCAUAUGUUCACGGCGAUGACUUAUCUGCCUAUUUUAUUUCUAUUUUAAUUAUGUGUGUGGGUUUGUGCACGUGAGUGCAGUACCUGCUGAGACUAGAAGAGGUGUCAGGUCCCCUGGGGCAGGAAUUGCAGGCAGUGGUUAGCUGUCUGAUAGAGGGUACUGAGACCUGAACUUGGGCCCUCUGCUAAAGCAGUAGAUAAUUACUACACUAAUACUAACUAAAAUACUAAAAUAGUAUUGUAACUAUUAAACUAUUUUUCUGGCCCAUCUACCUAUUCAAUUUUAUACUAUAGAAACUACC